ACUCAUUACGACUUCCGGUGUUUGGUUCAAGGCAACAACGUGGAUGAAGUGCAUUUCACCGGUCUGUAACUUUACAGUGUUAUGAGGGGGCAGACCGGCGUUUAUCCUCAACAAUGCAGCUAUCCAGUGUAAACGAUGUGAAAAUAUACAAUUUAAGCCACGGAAAGUCUCUUCCAGAGUGGUUGUCAGAUAGGAAAAAAAGACAACUGCAGAAGAAAGAUGUUGACAUCCAACGCAGGAUUGAGCUCAUCCAGGACUUUGAGAUGCCCACAGUUUGCACUUCCAUCAAGGUGUCCCGGGAUGGUCAGUUUAUCCUGGCAGCAGGUACUUACAAACCUAGAAUUCGCUGCUAUGACACCUAUCAGCUGUCCCUGAAGUUUGAGCGUUGCUUGGAUUCGGAUGUUGUGGCCUUCGACAUCCUGUCCGACGACUACUCUAAGCUGGUCUUCCUGCACUCGGAUCGCUACGUCGAGUUCCACUCCCAGCAUGGACACUACUACAAGACCCGAAUCCCAAAGUUUGGCCGGGACUUUUCCUACCAUUACCCCUCCUGUGACCUGUACUUUGUAGGGAUGAGCUCAGAGGUGUACAGACUGAACCUGGAACAGGGACGCUUCCUGAACUCUCUUCAGACUGAUGCUGUAGAGAACAAUGUGUGCGACAUCAACCCUGUCCACCAUUUGUUUGCGACAGGAACCUCUGAGGGAAGAGUCGAAUGUUGGGACCCCCGUGUCCGGAACCGAGUGGGCACGCUGGACUGCGCUCUGAGCAGCCUCUCUGAAGGAACAGAAGUUCAAGCUUUGCCUUCAAUCUGUGCGCUGAAGUUUAACGGCUCCCUCAACAUGGCAGUAGGAACCAGUACAGGACAGGUGAUGUUGUACGACCUGCGCUCCAGCCAGCCGCUGCUGGUCAAAGACCACUUCUACAAUUUGCCAAUCAAGUCUCUCAACUUCCUCAAUCAGCUGGACCUGGUGGUGUCUGCUGACUCCAAGAUCAUAAAGAUCUGGAACAAAGACACUGGAAAGUUGUUCUCCUCUAUUCAACCUCAGACCAACAUAAACGAUGUCUGCAUCUAUCCCAAUUCAGGGAUGCUCUUCACCGCUAAUGAAGAUCCCAAGAUGAACACAUUUUACAUCCCAGCUCUGGGCCCUGCACCUCGCUGGUGCUCCUUCCUGGACAACCUAACCGAAGAGCUGGAGGAGAGCCCGGAGAGCACGGUGUACGAUGAUUACAAGUUUGUCACCCGGAAGGACCUGGAAAAUCUGGGUUUGUCUCACCUGGUGGGAUCAAACCUCCUGAGAGCCUACAUGCAUGGUUUCUUCAUGGACAUCAGGCUUUAUCACAAGGUGAAAAGCAUGGCGAACCCAUUUGCAUACGAGGAAUAUCGCAAGGAUAAGAUCCGCCAGAAGAUUGAGGAGUCCAGAACCCACAGGGUCCAAGUUAAGACGUUGCCUAAGGUGAACAAAGAGCUGGCUCUCAAGCUGAUGGAGGAGGGUGAUGAUGAAGCAACAGCUGAGACUUCCAGGAAAAAGAAGGGCAAGGUUCUUCCCAGCAUCCUGGGGGAUGACCGUUUCAAGGUUAUGUUUGAAAACCCAGACUACCAGGUGGAUGAGCAGAGCGAGGAGUUCCGGCUGCUUAACCCCAUCGUCUCCAAGGUGGAGCAAAAAAGGAAGAAGAAGCUGCGUCUGCUGGCUCAGCAGGCUGCUGCCCAACAGGCGGCUGAAGACGAAGAGGAACCAGAGGGUCGAGCCAGCUCUGAGGAGGAGAGCUCAGACGACGACAAGAGCUGGGUGGAGGAGCUGAGGGAGCAGCGGAGGUUGCUGCGGCAGGAGGACAGAGACCGCCGGCGGCAAGAGAGAAAGGAAGCAGACCGCAACACUGACCUGCUGGAGAGGGAGGAGAACAAAGAAGCAAGAACCUCCAACAUGGCUGAGGACCAGAAGAGCAGUCAGCCACAGUUUUAUGAGCUCAAAGCUGGAGAGGAGUUCAGAAGUUUUAAUGACAUGGCCCGCAAGCAGAAACUGCAGAAGGCUUCUCUGGAGGACCGGCUGAAGCUGGAGGAACACUCCGGAAGCAGCAACAUGGCUGACACGGCAGUGGGCAGCAAACAGCUGACCUUCACUCUCAAAAAGUCGGAGCAGCAGAGGAAGCAGCAGCAGCUGGAGCGUGAGCACCACGAGGAGAGGAAGAAGCUGAGACGCUCGGCCGGACACCUGAGCAGCGGCAGAGGAAGAGGCUGGCGAGGAAGAGGCAGAGGAAGAGGCCGCUACUGACAAGAAUCCUUCUCUAAGUGUCAGCUGAGACACCAGAACCCUCCCACUAAAGUCAAAGCUGUGUAGUUUCUUCCAUGAAGUCGCCUCUGACCCAGUGGGAAGGUUGGAGAGAGGCUGUUCGACUGGAAAAGACAAAGACUGAUGAACUGACACGUCUGUCCUGCUCCUGGGUGGUCUGAGCUGUUUAGCCGCUCUCUGCAAAUUCAGUCUGUUAUAAAAAGAUUUACCUCUGUCACUGCUUGUAUAAAUGUAAUUUCAGGCUGUUAUUUAUGUGUCUGGACAGCAGCGGAGGCCUGAAGAGGAAUGAGACAGAAAAAGCUCUGAGAUUUUUAUGUAAGACAAGCAGAGGAAGAAAACAAAUCUCACAAAAAUGUUGUAUUUUUUAUGCUGUUUGAUAAUGUUGAUUUUUUAACUGUGAUUUAACAAACCAUGUACAAAUUAUAUUUAGUACAAGAUU